CCCGCAGCUACCUCAGCCGCCCAGGGGCGUUCCGAGCCGUGCCGCCUUAGCGCCUUAGUCCCCAGCUGCAGUUUCUGAGGCCAGCCUGAGGAUAAUGAUUCUUCGCACUCCAUACUUUAUUUAAAUAAGAAUUUUUGCACUUUAAUUUCCUGUCUGUGCCAUUGGGCUAAUUGAAGACAGUGUUUUGAAAUCACAGCUACAGAACCAGCCAAAGUCUCCUUCUUGCCUUAACAAUGUUCCAGAGAUUGAAUAGUAUGUUUGUGGGUGAAAUCAAGAACUCCAAUAGCAAAGAACCAGAAUUUAGUGAAAAAGAAGAUGAUGAAUGGAUUCUUGUUGACUUUAUAGACACAAAUUUUUCAACAGAAGUAGAAGAGGAAGACAUCAGUGAAGAAUCGCCUACUGAACAUCCUCCAGUUUUUUCCUGUUUACCAACUUCCCUGGAAUGUUUAGCUGAUACUAGUGAAUCUUGCUUCGUCCAAUUUGAGGCCUGUCCUAUGGAGGAGAGCUGGUUUAUUACCCCUCCCCCAUGCUUUACUGCAGGUGGAUUAACCACUAUCAAGGUGGAAACCAGUCCUUUAGAAAACCUUCUAAUUGAACAUCCCAGCAUGUCUGUUUAUAAUUCCUCCAGAAAUCUUAAUGAGGGCAGCUGUGAGACUGAUGAAUUUCAUAAUUCAAACAGUCCUAGGCCUGGAGGUGGUGAAGGGGAAGUAGAGGGAGGAAAAACUUCAAACCCAGCAGCCAUCCCUCUCUCAGACUUCCUUCUGACUGCAGUGUCCUAGUAAGGGAAAAACCCUGAUUGGAGGAUGGCAGUGGAAAGAAUGGAAGUACGGAAUGAAGUGGGGCAACAUGUUCACUGCUAUGUUACAGCUCUUGCUGCUCAUUCAACUUUCCUUGAACAAACCAAGAGCUUUCGUCCUACCCAGUGGAUAAAGGAACAUGGUGAAAGACAUUCUCUGAAUAGAAAUAGCCUCCGUCGCCAAAAUCUUACCAGGGAUUGCCACUCUCGGCAAAUCAAGCACAAUGGAUGGGUUGUUCACCAGCCUUGCCAGCGUCAGUACAAUUACUGAGGAUUCCAAGUCUUAAUCAUAUCAGUUUGUUGGUAUAUUGCUCUUGGUUUUAUGUGUGAGAGUGUGGGUGAGUGUGAUGUGCAUACAUGCACUCAAGUAACAAAGGUGUGUAUUUGCAGGUUGACUGAUGAUCAAUCAUUUAAAUAGAAUCGUUUCCUUAGAUAACUUUUUUUAAAAUUACAUUCUGUGUAUCACACAAUGCCUUGCUCUUAAGAGUUAACUUUUUCAGAAUGUUUUAGAAACAUCAGUAUGAUUGCAGUGUUUAGUAUUUUGGGAAUGUCUUUGACUCAACUAAGUUAUGUGAGUUGGCAUUUUAAAGAAAUUUCUUACUGAGUGAUGGAAUAGUCAGGUUUCAGCUGAAUUCCUUUCCUUUUUUCAUUAAUCAAAAGUUUGAGUAAACAAAAUUUCUCAGGGUCAGCCAUACACUUUAAUGACCAGUACUUGAUAAUCUUUUCUGUAUAUAACGAAUACUUUUUUUUUACACACUAACAAGCAUUAAAAGGCAAUGGUUGCCAUGGGCAUAAUGGAAUCAUGGCUGAACUUUGUAUUGAAAAAGAACUUGAUAUUUUACUAUUUCCUCAUCAUUCUUACAGUUAAUUUUGAUAUGUCAGGUACAUUUAGUUCAUAGAUAGGAUUUAGCUAUCUUUCUGAUUAUGACAAUGAUGUGGUACAAAUAUUACAGGUUAUUGUGGGACAGAAAUACCUGUUUCAUUUAGUAAAAUUAAAAGCAGAUCUGUGGUUUAUCCUUAGAAGUGUUCACUUAUGAAAAGAUGCUCAUUUGUUCCAGUGUUUUUUGAUUACUUAGAGGUCUUCUUUUUCCCUAUUGUCUAGUUGCAGAAUUACAAAAUAGCCAUUAUUAUUAUGUAGAAAUUAAUAUAGCCUCUUUACACAGUGAGAAGUACAAGUCUUUAUUUCUAGCCUAGGAAUAGAAUUAUUAAAUUCUGCUUUUCCACCAUUGAGCCUGUUCUGAUAUAUGUAGUGUGCAUGGAUUGACCUCUGACAAACACUGCUUCCAGACUAAGAUUGUCUUGAAUGAAGAUUAGUAGCAGCUGGGGUUUUCUUUAUAUGUUUGGUUCUUGCUCUAUGGGCUAAUUUUUCUGUUUUGGGCAAAAUCUUGAACUACUCUAUCCUCUGUUUUCCUCAUUCAAUAGGUGAAUAAAAAUAACCUACCUCACAGGGGUGUUGUGAGGAUUAUGAAUAAGGUUGAAGUGGAGUUAGAUUUCUAGAACUGGACCUUCCAUGUAAUUCCAAGGGGCUCUCUCUACUGAAUCAGUUGUUAUUUGGCUGUAUUUCUGCCAGGGCUGGGUAGGUAGUUCAAGAGAGCAUGGUGCUAAUGAAGCCAAGCUCUGGUUUAAUUUCUCUUCAGGAUAAUCAUUUAGCUUCACAAAGGAAAAAAAAAACCAUGACAGACUACCAUUAAUCUGUAGCUAGCUUUACUUUUUUAAUAUUUAGUGAUGGCUUUUACUGAGCUAUCCACACUACAAAUUCUCAGUUCCUUAUAUGACCAGGGACACAUAAUUAGAACUCAAAGUCCCAUUUCUACUAGCAAUAGAAGAGUAUCAUCAUGCUAAUAAUUUGUCAGUCCUUUUUCCAACUAUAGUCCAGCCCUAAAUAAUAAAUGCAGGUUAAAAUGCUUUUGAAAGGAAAAGCAUUAAAUCAUGCAGAGUAUUGUUUUAAAUGGCUCUGUGUGGACUUAUGUUGCCAGGAACUAUGGGAGCCCCGCCCGCCCCCCCACCCCCCCCCCCCGCCCGCCUCCCCCCCCCCAAGUGUGAAAAGCUGUGUCGAAUAGCAUAGAGUGAUUGUAAUUCAAGAGGUCAAAUGGUUAGUGUGUUUAGAUGCUUAAAAUAGAUUGUUCUUCCAAUAGCACUAAGUGUCAUUUUUCAAAACAGGGGAUUUUAGUCUGCUUUUCGUGGCUUUCCCCAUUAUUUAUUUAUUUUUCCUGAUUAGGGGCCAAGUCCACAAAGCUCUGUCAAACUGGGCUAGUAUUUUGUUAAAUUGCUUGUGUUUACAUGGGAGGAGAAUGACUUAGAAACUGUUUGCUAAUAGGGCAGUACAGUUGGAUAACUUGAAAAUAAUAUGGCGUAAAGCUUCUCAGUAUUGAGAAGGAAGAUUUCGUAUACAUAGGUUACAUGAAGUGCUGGUACCUCGAGCUAUAGAUCUGACAUUCAGUUGUGAGAAUUUGCUAUGGCCACAUGAACAGAUUUGUGUAUAAAAUUACUGUAUUUUCUCCCCUUUCUAGAGGGUUUUCAUUUCAUUCACUUCUAUGUUAGCUACUGACCCUUUGUUUGCUUAUCAGCUUAGUUUUGUAAGCUUAAAAUUCUUUUUUUAAAAACUGGGAAUUUUAUAGGGUGAGUGUUACCAAGAUGUAGUCUGUACUAUAAGCAUGCUAUGGUAUUUAUGUUGGCAUCAAAAUUACCCACCUACAACUUAGUUGAAGUUCUUGCUUAUUCAAGGUGCAAGGCCAGUAGCCUACUUGGAAAUCCGAUUGAUGCAUUUUUCGAAAUAUGGCCAAAGAGAUUAGAUUUUAAAGUUUGUUGAUAAAUGCUAGUGAUCUGAAAUCACUUAUUCAGCCUGUACUCUCUGAAAUCACACAAGGAGAAAUGUGCCCCUUUUAAAAUUUCUUAAGACUUUUUUCCACUGUCUGCAGUUAAGAGUUUUUGUUAAUAACACCGUGAUACAUAAAGAUGUUACAUUCUUUCAUAUAGCAUUAUUACUGCAAUAUAAAUUAAAAAUUAACUGUCCAUGGUUUCUCUUCCAUAUGAAUGCAUUUAUAAUUCAUUUAAAGUUUGGUUUGUUUGGUGUUGUUUUUGCAGUCCAAAAAGUGAUAGAAUUACAAAAUUUCCUACUGUGGGGAAUUUUUGUUAUUGUCUUUCAUUUGAUUUGUGUUGCAUGCUUUGGUUUACAUACUCUUCUGUCAUCAACACAAUUCUGUCCCAGCCCCUAAACUAACCUCUUCUAGUGGGAGAACAGUAAGUUUGCCAUCUGAUAAAGCCUUUUAUCAUUUACUUAUUUUAUAUUUUCAAAGUGGAAUCACACUUUUUUUAAAAGUCCUUUUUAUUUUCUUAAAAGGAAAAAAGAGCAAAGAAGAGUAUAGCCUAAAUCCUGAUUUCCCUUGAGUUGGAAAAGACAAAAAUGAAGGAAGAUUAAAUCUGUUCACCUCAAAUUAGACCACAUAAAUUAUCAUUUUAAAUAGUGAGAUUGAAUAAUGAAGGGAAAGGAACUUCCAAGUCUUAGGGCUUUUAUUUUUACUAUAAAGACUGUUUGAGACUGCUCCUUGCACAGGGAGAUACUACCAAUCUGUUGGGUGUUUUUUAUUUGUUUUUAUAAUGUUAUUGCAGUUUUUUAAGGCCUGUUCUUAGUAAUUCUUGUAAAACUGGGUCACCAGAAUUGAAGGUCUUUUGUCAGCAGUCAAGUUAGGUAAGGUGAUUUCAUCCCUUUCCAAUGUAUGUUUAAAAUGUUAUUUAAAUUUUUAUAUUUAGAAAAAUAUUCACAUUUUUGUGGUGGUGAGCCUUGUCAUAUACCACAAUUUUCUUAAAACUGUUCAAGUUUAAGCAGUUUGAAAACAAGGAAAAUUUACGCAGCUAGAAGGACAUCUCUGUUUUAAUGUCUUUAUUUUGGGAGGAAGAAGUUACUUUCAGAAAAGGCAGCUUCCGUUUGAGAUGAUAUAUAUGGUUGCAUGUCAUUGGGGAUUCUUUUAACGUGUAUGUUGUGUUUUUUUGUUUUGGAUUUAAAUCUAAAUGUUGCGCUCCAUGUAACAAUGAUCUUUAUUUUUGUCUGGAAUUUUAAGGGAUUUUUAUUUUCUAACUGGAUGGCUGUUUACAAACCAAGCCACUAGAGGGGAGGUUGGGCUUUCAGGUCUGGUGUGUGUGUGUGAAGGGUUUCUGCUGACACCUUUGGUUUGUUUUCCCCAGAGGUUCUGGACUUUAACUGUUAUCCUUAUGUGUUUUAUUUAAAGUAAAAGAAGUGGCUUUGGUAUUGUUUUAGAAAUGUUGUGAACACAUUGAUUUUUUUUUCCCCCAAGACAAUACAUUUUAUAAGUAGAUUAAAUAGUAUUGUCACUUGGACUAUGUGCCUUGUAAAUGUGUUUCUAUACACAGAAAAUUUGAACAACUUGAAAGACUCAAGGACAUUCAUUUAGGAGAAAUACUGUACAUCAAUCUAUGCAUAAACGGCAGCUUAUUACUUGAGCCACUCACUGUCUAGUUUCUGUUUUUGUAGAAAAUUUGAUAUUGAUUGGUUCACAGAGGAAUGACUGGUUUUUACAAAACAGACUGAAUAAUACAAUACAGCACUUUGCCAAAAAAACAAGUGUAGCAUUGCUUAAACAUGUGUACUAACACCAGUUUUUGUAUUGGGGGGAGGGGUCUUUGGUGCAUUUUGCACUUCUUGAAAGUGUAUGGUCUUUACCUGUCAGCAAAUAAAAUGUCUUUUGCUUCAAAA